UUAUAUCCCUUUUCCAAAUUUCAAUUCAAUUCACACAAUACAACACCCUCCUUGUUCUUCUUCCCCAAAUUCUACUUCUACACUUCCAUUCCCAAAUUGCCCUCCAUAAACUCCCCAAAUUCCAAUGUUUGCAACCCUCUCCCUCUCUGCCUCAAACCCUCUCUCUUUCACCUCUCUUCCCAAAAUGCCCCUGCCUCGGCAGCGCCGCCAGCUCAGGGUCUCCGCGGCUGGGGCUUUCACCGAGACCAGGCCGCGGUCCAAAGCCUCAACGAGUCUCUACGAGGUCCUCCGAGUCAAGGACAACGCUUCUCAGACGGAGAUCAAGUCGGCGUACCGGAGCUUGGCUAAGCUCUACCAUCCCGACGCCUCGCCGUCCGAAUCGGACGGCCGAGAUUUCAUCGAGAUUCACAACGCCUACGCCACGCUGUCCGAUCCGGCCGCCAGGGCCAUGUACGACCUGUCGUUGAGUGCUCAUCUUCAACAUCGUGUUCGUCGGAGAAGCUCGGUCGGGUUUCGACCAGAUGGGUUUUAUCCGACCCGGAGGUGGGAAACGGACCAGUGCUGGUAGAAAGAAAACGACCAUAGGGCCACUUUUUUUUCUUUUUUCUUGUUUUGGUAGGCCGCAUCUAAUUUGUUUUUGUUUCUCUUUCUUGACAAGGAAAAAGAAAUUUUAGAAUCUAAUUACGUGUAAAAAGGAAAACAUGUAAUGUAGAGAAAAAUUCUGUAAAUGCUUAUCACUGCGACGUACGCCAAUAAAUUUUGAACUGAGUUUGUACACAAA